AUGUCAGCCAGCCAUGGCGCCCUAGAUGCUGCUGCCAUCGAUAGAAAAGCUCGCUUGGCGAAACUCGCAUCCCUGAAGCGCAAGCAGCCAGGCUCUCAUUCCACAGUUUCGAGUUUACAGGCGGAUACUGAAGAGGAACACAAGGAAACACCGCCUCAAUCCACCACCGACCAGUAUCUCUCAGGCCGAAACUACGAUCUAACCACGAAAAACGCGAAGCUUGGGUUCGAAAAUGCCCCUAUCGGUGGCGAUGUCGAGACUCUUGAAGGGCGGGCCGAUCGCAUUGUCGCAUCAACUGCAGAGCAAGCCGCCAAAUAUGAGCUGGAGGCAGAGAAGGGCAUUGAUUUGUUCAAGCUGCAGCCGGAGAAGCCAAAUUGGGACUUGAAGAGAAACUUGGCCGAGAAGAUGAAGAUUCUGGAUGUGCGCACACAAAACGCCGUUGCACGUCUCGUGAGAGAACGCAUUGAAAAUUCGAAGAAACAGGCUCUAAAGAAGAGUGCAGUUCAAACGCAGUCUACGAGCGAGAUGGGAGAGCAAGGAGAGGAGGUGGGCAUCGAAGGCAAUACACUUGUCGAGAGUAUACAUUUGCGAGAACAGGAGGAGGAACGAGAGGCUGCCCUCGAAAACGAAGAAGACGCCAUUUCGUGA